GGUCUGAGUGAGGCUCUCAAUCAUCGACCAGCGCAGUGACUUUGUCACUUCGGAAGUAAUGGACGAUAAUAUAUUGAAGAGAUGUCCGCCUUUAACGGUAUAUCAAAUCCGACCUUAUUGUAUAACUGGUAUGCUACGUUGUGCCGUAUAACUACCCCGCUCCAACCCGACUAAACCGGUCCACGAGGAGAGAAACACUAGAUUGUUUCUUCUGUCCUCAUGGAUGACAGGAACGAUGCUUUGUAUAAUCUUGAAAGAGCGAGAUUCUUGCCGCAGUAAGCAUCACGAGGAAUGGGGGAUCGGAUACAACAGCCAUCGUCAUGACCAGCAUCUUGUACCAUCUCAAGAGUUUGUAGUGUCUCCAGAAGCGCAGAGACGAGUGCAUCAACGACAAGGCUAGCACCUCCCUUACCUCCGCGCCUGUCUGACCGAAAGCAUGCAUCUCACCCCUGCCUUAUUCCACGUUCCGACUGGACCCCCAACUGAACGAAACCUCUGCCGUGGUCGCUCCGCUCGGUGCGUCAUCGACUCCGAUACCGAGGACCACGACGCCGAAAAGACAGCCGAGGUCACCAAGAACAUCUGCGAUGAGCUGAGCAAGCCCAUUUGCUACUGCAGUAGCAAAAACGUCGAUUCCUGCAAUACCAGAAACGACGACCUCCCUGCAUUCGCUGAAGAGUGCGAAAACCAGGGAGGAACGACCACCAUCGACUGUUAGGCUAUUCGAGAUACGACCUUGACUAUACGUUCU